AUGUUGGAAAGCGGUAGAGAAGAGGAAGGGAAGCACAAGGAGCACGAGUCUGACAAGGUUCUAGCAAGUGGGCGUGCAAAGGAUCUACUGCAAAUCGGGCGGAUGCGCUGCUAAGCGUCAAGGGCAAACUCCAAGUGGGUCAUUCGGGUGCUGAGUGUCAGGAUCACAGCCUGCACUGCCAUCAAUACUCGAAGGAUUUUAUUUUAUUUUACUGGGGCUCAUAAAUUGCAAUCCUUCGGGUUGGCUGGGACCGCUACAAAAAGAGCUAAAAGAGGUUAUAAAGCAACGACGGCAAGCAAUUGGGUGAAAGUCAAACCCCUGUGCGCAAAGAGCGCUGCGCAGAUCAAAACCCGCCGAGCACCUAACGUGGACUCCAACGGGCGGUGA